UCUCCUCUAUAAAUACAGUCCUCAUCUUGGCUUCUCUUCCCCGCCACUCCACCACUUCCCAAUUCACGGAGUGAUAAGAAUCUUCAAAAUCCGAAGCCCUCUUGUGCCUUGUCCAAAUGGCCAAGCACAGUGUCCUGCUGCUACUGAUGAUGCUCGCCACAAGCAUGACCACCUCAUCGAUGGCCACCAGGAAGCUCAUGUUCCUUGUCACGCCACAGCCGAACCUCCUCACGUACCACAACGGCGCCGUGCUGAGCGGAGACAUCCCCGUCUCCAUCCUCUGGUACGGCCGCUUCACGCCGGCGCAGAAGGCCGUAGUCUCUGACUUCCUCCUCUCCCUGUCCGCCGCGCCGCGUGAGGCCCCCGCGCCGUCCGUCUCCCAAUGGUGGAGCAGGAUCCACCGGCUUUACCUCUCCAAGGCGGUGGCGCAGACCAGCGGCAAGAACGGAGCACACGGCGGUGCAGUCAAGAACGCGCGGGUGGUUCUGGGCGGCCAGGUCUCCGACGAGGGGUGCUCGCUGGGGAAGCGCCUGAAGCUGUCCCAGCUCCCCGCGCUGGCGGCCAUGGCGAGGCCGGCGAAGGGCGGCAUCGCGCUGGUGCUCACGGCGCAGAACGUGGCCGUGGAGGGCUUCUGCAUGAGCCGGUGCGGGCACCACGGGUCGGACGCGCGCGCCCGCACGGCGUACGCGUGGGUGGGCAACUCGGCCACCCAGUGCCCGGGCCAGUGCGCGUGGCCGUUCCACCAGCCCGUGUACGGUCCCCAGGCGCCGCCGCUGGUGCCCCCGAGCGGCGACGCGGGCAUGGACGGCGUGGUGAUCAACGUGGCCAGCAUGGUUGCCGGCGCGGUGACCAACCCGUUCGGGGACGGGUUCUACCAGGGCGACCGCGGCGCGCCCCUGGAGGCCGCGACGGCGUGCCCGGGCGUGUACGGCAAGGGCGCGUACCCCGGGUACGCCGGCCAGCUGCUGGUGGACAAGGCGACGGGCGCCAGCUACAACGCGCACGGCGCGCGCGGGAGGAAGUACCUGCUCCCGGCGCUGUUCGACCCCGACACGUCGGCCUGCUCCACGCUGGUGUAGCCGCCGCCAUCCGAAUCGACCCUUCUAGUGGCGUACCGGAUCGAGUGUGUAUUAGUGUGUGUGUAUACUAAAUACUAGCAGUACGUAUCCUCGUCCGUAACGUGCCGGGCGGUGCUGAAUAAAGGACCUGUACGUAUCCU